AGAUACCUGUUCCCGGCCCUCCUGCUUCACGGGCUGGGAGAGGGUUCUGCCCUCCUUCAUCCGGACAGCAGAUCCCAUCCUAGGUCCUUUGAGAAAAGUGCCUGGAGGGCUUUCAAGGAGUCACAGUGCCAUCACAUGCUGAAACAUCUCCACAAUGGCGCACGGAUCACUGUGCAGAUGCCGCCUACGAUCGAGGGCCACUGGGUCUCCACGGGCUGCGAAGUAAGGUCAGGCCCAGAGUUCAUCACAAGGUCUUACAGAUUCUACCACAAUAACACCUUCAAGGCCUACCAGUUUUAUUAUGGCAGCAACCGGUGCACGAACCCCACCUACACGCUCAUCAUCCGCGGCAAGAUCCGCCUCCGCCAGGCCUCCUGGAUCAUCCGAGGGGGCACCGAAGCCGACUACCAGCUGCACAACGUCCAGGUUAUCUGCCACACGGAGGCGGUGGCCGAGAAGCUCGGCCAGCUGGUGAACCGCACCUGCCCGGGCUUCCUCGACGCCGGCGGCCCCUGGGUGCAGGACGUGGCCUACGACCUGUGGCGGGAGGAGAACGGCUGCGAGUGCACCAAGGCCGUGAGCUUCGCCAUGCACGAGCUCCAGCUCAUCCGGGUGGAGAAGCAGUACCUGCACCACAACCUGGACCACCUUGUCGAGGAGCUCUUCCUCGGCGACAUUCACACCGACGCCACCCAGAGGAUGUUCUACCGGCCGUCCAGUUACCAGCCCCCGCUGCAGAAUGCCAAGCACCACGACCACGCCUGCAUAGCCUGUCGGAUCAUCUACCGGUCGGACGAGCACCACCCACCCAUCCUGCCCCCGAAGGCUGACCUGACCAUCGGCCUGCACGGCGAGUGGGUGAGCCAGCGCUGCGAGGUGCGCCCCGAAGUCCUCUUCCUCACCCGCCACUUCAUCUUCCACGACAACAACAACACCUGGGAGGGGCACUACUACCACUACUCGGACCCCGUCUGCAAGCACCCCACCUUCACCAUCUACGCCCGAGGCCGCUACAGCCGUGGCGUGCUCUCCUCCAGGGUCAUGGGAGGCACAGAGUUCGUGUUCAAAGUGAAUCACAUGAAGGUCACCCCCAUGGAUGCGGCCACAGCCUCGCUCCUCAACGUCUUCAACGGGAAUGAGUGUGGGGCCGAGGGCUCCUGGCAGGUGGGCGUCCAGCAGGAUGUGACGCCCACCAACGGCUGCGUGGCCCUGGGAAUCAAACUACCUCACACGGAAUACGAGAUCUUCAAAAUGGAGCAGGACGCCCGGGGCCGCUAUCUGCUGUUCAACGGCCAGAGGCCCAGCGACGGCUCCAGCCCCGACAGGCCGGAGAAGAGAGCCACGUCCUACCAGAUGCCCCUGGUGCAGUGUGCCUCCUCUUCGCCCAGAGCCGAAGACCUCUCGGAGGACAGCGGAAGCCGCCAGUACGGCCGGGCGCCUGCGUGCGGUCCCCGGGCCCUGCUGCUCGCUGCGCUCGCCUGCCUGCUGACUCUCCCGCGUUGGAACAUCCUCAGAUAGGAGUUUUUAGAAAGUUACAUUUUUUCAAGCCAGGAUUCCUUACAACUUACAGAUUUUCUUUACCAAAAGAAAGGCCAUUUAUUGUUUUGAUGCACUUGAAUGCCUGAGAACUGUCGCUCCCUUUCUCCUCUCCCUCCCUCCCCAGCCCUGAGUCAUGAACAGCCAGUGUUUGAAGUUUCCGCUUUGAACUCCGUCCAGCCUGAUCCCUGGCCUGAGCGACUUCACAGCAGUAAUUGAACUUUAAGACAGCAGAGAGUUUCGGGCUAGCGUGUUUGGUAGCAGGGCUGAGAGCAAGAGCCUCUUAUUUUUUUCCUCUUUAUUGUAUUUCGGAGUUGAACUUAGGAGAAACAAAUAUCAAGCUACAACUUUUCCUGCCAUUUUACUGUGGUUGCAUCCUGUCCUCUGAAACUGCUUUACUCUGAGUUGUAUAUGCUGGGAUCGAUGCAGAGCUGAUCUGGGACUGGGAUCCGGACACCUUUUGUUAACAAGCAAGAGACCCGGUGUAGAUAUGUACAUAUGAAGACACACGGCUGAACCACCUUUACAACCCUAUGCAAAACAGGAGAGAAUCAAAGCUUUCAUUUCAGAAAGGUCGAGUGGAAAAGUGCCUGUAAUUAAAGUUUCAAAGUAAUUUAAGCUA